UUGUGUAAGUAUGUACAUUUGUGACUAGCGCUUUUGACAGUUGUACAACAAUGUAAAAUUGUUUUAUGUUUGUUGUUAUUGUUAGUGAAAAUGCCGGACUUUCUAGCCGAAAAUAACGUCUGCGGACAAACAAUUCUGCAGUUGGUGUCUAGAGGCAACGCGAUUAUUGCAGAACUGCUUCGACUGAAAGAUUACAUCCCUCAGACAUACAGAUUGGCAAAUAAAGAGGAUGUCCAGAAAUAUGGUGACAUUAUUAUGGACUUUAGCUACUUCAAAAUUGAGGAGGCCCAAAACAACAAGAUUGAAAAUUCAGAGCAAUUGCAAGACUUCGAUGAGGAAUUCCGCGACAACCACAUUGAAAUGAUAAACCGAUUUUACCUAACUUUUGAAAGUAUACACACGUACAUUACCGAUUUGAAUCACUUUUUGGGGGAGUUAGAGGAAGGGUUUCACAUUCACCAGUCUCUAGAGACGAUUUUUGCCGACAUGGAAGGAAAACAACUACUCUGUGAAGCUUUGUAUUUGUAUGGUUUAAUGUUGCUAAUAAUCGACGCUUACAUUGACGGCACUAUUCGCGAACGACUUCUAGUGUCCUACUACCGGUACACACCACAAAGAAGCGACACCCAGAGCCAAAUCGACGACGUUUGCAAGUUGUUACGGGACACCGGUUUUAAUACCCCCAGAAAACCUGCGAACUAUCCUGAGGAUUAUUUCCGGCGAGUGCCUAUUAAAUCUACGUACGUAGAUAUAGUCAUAGGUCACCUCCGUUCCGACGACAUUUACGGUCAGCUCGCCGUGUACCCCCUCCCCAAACACCGAAGUACCGCUUUAGCCCACCAAGCUUCCAUGCUAUACGUCUGCCUAUUUUUUUCCACCAACAUUCUCCACUCCCAAACUGCCAUCAUGCGCGAGAUCGUCGAUAAAUACUUCCCAGACAACUGGGUGAUUUCCGUCUACAUGGGCUUCAUCGUCAACCUAUCCGAAACCUGGGAGGCUUUCAAAGCCGCCAAGCUCGCUCUUAACAACACCCUAGAAACCGUCAACAUCAAAGGCUACGCCAACAGCUACGGCUCCAGCAUCGUCCCUUUACUCAAAUCCACCAACCUCAAGCUCAAAGAAGGCAACAUCACCAAAGACAACCUCCUCAAAGACGUCAACAACAUCAUCAACCUCCUCAGAGACUGCAACUUCACGAUCCGCUGGUUGAUGCUUCACACUAACAUCAAACCCAAGUUUGACAAAAACAAAAAACUCAAACAACUGAGAGAGUUAGUGUUGACGGAAUCCAAGUUCGAUCAAGUGCAGCUGUUCAAGCUGUUACUCAACACGGCUCAGUUGGAGCUCAUUACUAGAGACAUCUACAAGAACCUCCUCACCGAAAAGGAAAAACAAUGGAAAGAGUUGAAGGAGGAGAGUUUCAAGAGUCUGGUGGAACUCUCGGAGGUGUUCAGCGGGACGAAACCUCUCACUCGGAUCCAAAAGAACGAGAACUUGCAACAGUGGUUCUUGGAGAUUUCUAAACAAGUUGAGAGUUUGGCUCAAGAUGAUGGGGCGUCGUCGAGGAAGAUUGUGCAGCUGAUUCAGGCUUUGGAAGAAGUGCAGGAGUUUCACCAGCUUGAAAGCAACAUGCAAGUGAUACAGUUUUUGUCCGAAACGAGGAAGUGUAUGCAUCAGAUGAUCAGGAACAUGAACAUCAAGGAAGAUGUCUUGAUUACGUUGCAAAUCAUCGGCGAUUUGAGUUACGCGUGGGAAUUGAUCGACUCGUUCACCCCGAUCAUGCAGCUGGGGAUCAAACGGGAGCCUACUUUAGUGAUCAAACUGAGGGCCAUUUUCUUGAAAUUGUCGUCCGCUUUGGAAGUGCCGCUUCUGCGAAUCAAUCAGGCUCACAGUGAAGAUUUGAUCUCAGUGUCGCAGUACUACAGUAGUGAGUUGGAGAUCUACGUGAGGAAGGUUCUUCAGAUCAUCCCGAAGAUGAUGUUUGAGAAGAUGGCCAGGAUUAUUGAGAUUCAGACGUCGAUUUUGAAGGAGUUGCCCACGCGGUUGGAUAAAGACAAACUAAAGGAUUACGCACAAUUGAACGAAAGGUUUGAGUUUGCAGAACUCACUCACUCGAUUUCGGUUUUCAGUCAAGGGAUGAGAAUGAUGAAGAGUACUCUAGUGGGUGUGAUUUGCCUAGAUCCGAAGCAACUCCUCGAGGACGGGAUUCGGAAAGAAUUAGUACAAUACAUUUCAAAGGCUUUACAUUCCGGACUUAUUUUUAACCAAAGGGCGAAAGCCGAAGAGCUGGAGCAACGUUUAGUGGCUCUAGGACAAAUCAUGGACGGCUAUAAACGCUCGUUCGAGUAUAUACAGGACUACAUCAACAUCAACGGUCUAAAAAUCUGGCAAGAAGAAGUCACCAGAAUAAUAAACUACAACGUGGAACAAGAAUGCAACGGGUUUCUCCGGAACAAAGUCCAUACCUGGGAAAGUGCGUUCCAGAGUCGCUACGUCCCUAUACCCUUGUACCCAUCCACUGAUAACAUCAGCGAAAACUUCAUCGGGCGUCUGGCCAGAGAAAUAAUUCGCUUAACCGACCCCAGACAGAGCGUCUAUCUCGACCAGACGUCCUCUUGGUACGACAUCAAGUCCCACAAACCUAUCCUUAACAAGGAGACCAUCACCCUCGUAGCCUCGGCUAUCGAGAUUUCGGGCCUGGUGGGUUUGGACCGGCUAUUCUCUUUCAUGAUCAUUUCCAACCUCCAGAAGCUCUCCGGGUUCUUGGAAAACAAACACACCAAGACGAACUCCUGGCACAAUAUUUUGUCGAGCAUCCAAAAGGAAAUCGGUGCGGCUGAUUCAGCUCCCAAUCCCUUGAAGUUCUAUCAGAACUGCAUUAAUCGAACUACCAAGAUUUGGAACGAAUUUCUCGAUUGCGUUCUUUUGGUAGGGCAGCUGCAGUUAAUGAGGAACUUGAUCGCGUUUCAUUUGAAUAAGUCGUGUAAGUUUAACGCGAAGAAUUUGGAGUCGUCGCUGAGGUCCUUGAGCAAGGCUUUGUUGCUCGAUGUCACUAGUGGGGAUUAUACUCCCAGUGAAGACCUCAUGGCUAACUUAUCGCAUUAUUUUGAUUACUCGGGUUUGAAUAACCCGUUCAAUAAAAUCUACAUCACGUCUAGGUGUGACGAAGGUUAUGCCGUGAUUGUUUUCAUGUUUGUGGUAGCACACCUAAACAAGAUCUUCCUUCUUCGUCAAUUAGGAAACAUCAACAAGAGAAACUCGGACCAGAUCGAUGGAACGGCGUUCGCGGUAGCCGUACACACGAUUAUUAAACAAUUCCAUAGCAAGUUAAACAACAGUUUUAUUAAAUUGCUUUCAAACUACAUUACACAAAUUACAAGGUAUAACAUCAGUAUUAAGGCUUCAGAGUUACCCGUCGAGGUAUCCCUAGCAAUGAACUUCCUCGAAACCUACACCAACUACUCCGAAUCGUCGAGAAACUUCCUUAAAGAGUGCAUCCCUGAGGAAAUCUACCACCUGGAACAAACCCUGAUCGCCCCAACCGGCUAAUUGUAGACCUUUUACAAUAAAAUCUAAAACUUAA